AUGGCCAUUCUCCUCUCCCUGUUUCCUCACCACCACCCUCUAAACCCAGAACCCAUUGGCCAAAAACCUAACCCUCUAGCCACUGCCCUCCUCAACACCAUCACCAAGAGACAGUUCAUCUUCAAAACUACUUCACUUUGUGUCACUUCCUUAACCACUCAAAGCCCUCUUGCACAAUCCUUAGCUGAAUCUUCCUCACCUUCAAAGUCUGUUCUUUCCACCAUUGCCAAUACAAAAUCUUGGUUUCAGUUCUAUGGUGAUGGUUUUUCCAUCAGGGUCCCUCCUCAAUUUGAGGACAUCAUGGAACCAGAGGUAGCUAUGGUUAUGGUGUUUUAG